AUGAACCAAGACUCUGGAACAUUGACAAGGACUGAAAAUUUGGGUGUAUUCAACUUACUAUCAUCUUUACUCAAGGGAAUAUCUUGGGUGGUAAGAAGUAGUAGUGCAGCACUCGAAAGGGUGCUAGGUUACAAGGACACUGUGCAUAAUACAAUAUUGAGAAUCAUUCUCGAGGAAAAACUGUUAUUACUCUAUGGUGUAGUAAAUGUGUUACUAGGCAGUCCUGCUAAGCUGGUGCAACUUGCUGGACCCAUCCUGCAUAUGGAUCCCAGGAAUCCUCACCAGAAUGAUUUAGCUCUAUUUAGACUGGUAAUGGACAGUCUAGCUGAAUGUGGGAAUUGUAACAAUGCUGGUGUGCAACGUGCGGUGGUGGACUGUGUAUCCACUCUUCUUUCAUCCUUAGAGAAAUUGUCUCUUGGCACUGCACUCUCUGAACAACAUGUGGAGCUCAUUAACAGCACAUAUGCACGGAUGGAAGAUGGAGAUUAUUCAGGUCCUUUAACAUAUGAAAACAAGAGCAAGCUUCCCAAAUAUGAAACCUUUGAAAAUCUCAAGCCCUCUUCAGAAUCGGUCACGUCAGAUUCUCUCUCCCAACAAAUUGACGAUGUGGAUGAGGAGGAAGAAACCUCUGUUGAAAAUGCAGAAGGGAAGGGAAAUGAGGAGGCAACAGCUGGCACUGAACAAGAAGAUGGAGGUGCAAGUGAAAAAGAAAUCAAAGAGGAAUUGGGUGACCCAGACAGCAAAGAAAAAUCUGUUAAAAAGCAGCGGUCUCGAGUCAAGAAGAGUUCAAGCGUUGAGGGUGACGACUCGGAUGAAUCUGGUGACACAGAAGGUCCUGAGUUUGAUGAUGAUGACCAAGGGAGGGAAGAGCUUGAACAGUACUCAGAAGAAGCUGAACAGCAGCGUGAAGAACAGGAGGCUCUGAGACUCCACCGCUUGAAUGAGACGUUACAGUCUGUGACAAACCUUCGACAUGUUGUGGAUGAGGAAGCAGAGAGGGAGUGCGAAAAUGCUCGACACUUCACUACUACUCUCUGUGCCCUCUUGCCUUCCCUCCUGGCUGUUCGUAGUACCAUUGAGGUUGAUGAAGCCAUGCUGGAGUUUUCAGCAAAAUAUUGUGAAGGGGUUUUUAGCUUAACUAGUAUGGAGCAUGGGCAGCACGUAAUCAUAAAUGCUGAUGGAAUCUACUUAGCAACAUAUUCAGUUCUCUCUCUGAACUUAAAGCUGAUCAGAGGUGGAAAUUAUUGUGAUCCUAACCUUCCACUUCCAAUGACUCAGGAACAGUUCAUAGAUCAAGUGCAUGGCAGUGGUGUUCUGGUGUAUCUCUCCUCCGCCUGGCUAGGGGAAGUUUAUCGCCAGGUGGUGAGGGACAGCUUCCUUCAGAGAGCUGGGUACUCUCCACACUCUACUCACAAUUGUGCUCUUAUCAACUUACUAACAGAUCUGGAAAAUGGCAUGAGAUGGUACCUUAGGCAUGACGUUGAUUUAGAUGGACUUGGUAGUAGCGAGCAAAAGAGUCAGCUGUUGUCUGAUCAUAGACGGCUGGAAAAAGCUGCAGCCAACAUUACGCACACACCACAAGUCCUUGCAGGGAUGAAGCUGUGUCGUCGUAUUGUGACAUGUUGCUGGGAGAGUGUUGUGGGUGUUUUGGGAGCAGUCCUGGGAGGAGUGGGUGGAGGAGGACUCACUGGUCCUCUGCGCCAUCUUUUGGGAGGAGAAGGAGCAAGAGAAGAGUCAAGGAGAGCACAGGACCUAUUAGCACAAUGUCUAAAUGCUCUGCAGUCAGCUGCUAGAUUGGCUAAUAUAUUGGGACUCCAGAGUCGAUGCGGUGUGGUGUUUUCCCUUCUAUCAUCAGCCUGCCUGCCUAAUGAUGAACGUAAUCCAGUUAGCACACCCAAGCGCCAUAGCCUAAGAUCUCCAGCAUUUUCUAAGAAGAUUCAGCGCCUCCAUACAGCACAUUUACUUUCCUUACAUGUGAUGAUGUCGUCAGGUUUAGAGCUUGGUUCUCAUGCAUCUGAUUGUUGGACACACAUUUUUAAAUGCUGUGUAUAUCUGUCAGAACUUGAGCACCAAUUCUUCAGCCACACCAGCGGGUACCAGUCAUUCCCUCCCAGAUUUGCUCCACCAUCAAUGAACAGUGAGAAAUCAGGACACUCUGCCUCUGAUGACAUAUUUAGUGAGGAUCCAUACCAUUAUAUUGUGCCCAUGUCACCACUGGCCCCAAGCAUGAACGUGGAAGAAUUAAUCCGAGAAAGUCAGAGUGAUAUAAGUAACACUGGCUUCCUCUCACCACAAGACACUGGUAAAGCAAUAUGUGCUCUCACACAAAUGGUUGACAGGUUGUUCGAUGACGCCUCGACCAAGCUAAACAUGGCUUCUUUAGUCAGCUUCUUGGCAGAGCUGUGUGCUGCAUCUCAGGCACAACUUUUCUCCAGAAUGACUCCUCAGACACCUAAAAAGGGCCUGAUGAAGUGGCCAAGAAAGACAAUGGGAGGUACAGGAGCAGAGCUAGGCAAAGGCAAGGGUGGAGAUAUACUCCUACUUCACCGACUUGCUGAGGUCAUGCUCCGUGCAGUUCGAUCUGGCCGUCCACUUCUCCAUAUCAUGCGAGCUUGGGCUGUUGCUGGUCCCCACUUUAUGGAGGCAGCUUGUCAUAAGGAUGGGGCAGUUAGCAAGAGGGCAGUCAGUUCUAUACAUGACAUAGUAAAUGCCAUAUUGAGCAACCAGUCAGAGCUUCCUCAUUUUCACUUCAAUGAGGCAUUAUUCAAGCCAUUUGAAAACCUCUUAUGUUUAGAACUCUGUGAUGCUGACAUACAAGACCAGAUUAUAAGCAGUAUUUGUGAGUUUGUAGAAAGCUGCACUCCAGAGAUAAGGUCAGGUUGGAGGCCACUGUUUGGUGCCCUGCGCUGCGUUCGGCCCCCGAGUGCCCUGCCUUCACCUUCUGUGCCAGGAGGGCUGCCGGGAGUCAACAACACAUGCGAUAGUAUGGGACACCUGCAUGUUGUGCGAGAUGUGUUUGAAGCAUUCCUGGCGACAGAUAAUGUGCUGGUGUUUGCAAAUGCUGCACUGGAUUGUGUUCUGUGCCUCCUGAAGCAUGUGAAAGGUUCAGGUGAAGAGGAAAGUAGUGAUGAAACUGUGGUAGGAUGGGAUGAACUUGUGGGAGGUGAUUUAUGCCUUGAUGCCCUGCGCUACCUGCAUCGCUGUGCUGCUAUCCUUGCCUCGAUGUACCAGAUGCCAGCAUGUCCUGUCUUCCAUGCUGCUCACAGGAUCACAGUGAAUAUGCCACCACAGCUUGUAGACCCACAUCUGCCCAACAUCGAUGAAAAUCUACUUGGAUCAUUGCUUAAUGAAAUAGCUGGCAUGGAAGUGAAAAAGGUUUCUUAUCAAGCACUGUGGCCUUCUGCAAGUAAUCAAGAAGUGACCCUGAUGAUGCUGGACCAUAGCAGUGGGAUCCUACAGGUGUGGUACCUCCUCCUUGAAGGAUUGGCAGGAGCUACCAUGACCUGCCCUAGGCGGUACCAGCCCCAGGCGCUUGACACACUUUUCACCCUUUUGCGUAGUUUACCAGACUGCCCUGGUCCUAUGUUUGGGAUGUAUUGUGUGAACCACUUGUUGUUGCCACUGAUGCAGGGAUGGCUAAGGAGAUCAUAUACUCUUCCAUCCAACAGUUGGGAUUUUACUGCAUCAUUCAAACAGUACACUGGGUUAACAUCAGACCUUGUUGUGGAGUACCUCUCAAAAUUAGCUAAUAAAGGUGUUUUGUCAGAGACUCCCGGAGCAUUGUUGAUGUUACAGCAGUGUUUACUGGUACUUGUGGAGUGCAUUACUCAUCCCAGUGAAACAAUAUCAAGACUAGGAUGUGCAUGUAUUAGACAUGUGAUCAGCAGUUGUGGUGAACAUUUACCUCCAGAAUAUUGGGAUGUUGUGGUCUGCGGCUUGCACCGUUCUUGCAUGGUCUCACUGUAUCCCUUGUAUCAGCUGAUGAAUCUCUUUCAUCCCGAAUCUCCCAAUUUCUAUGGCGAUGUGGGCCAAGUGAAGGUAGCAGCUCGAAGAGACUGCACUGGGAAAGACAGUGAUCGUCUGAGACAGCUCUCUCAUCAGGUAUUCUUAUUAGAUACACAGAGGAGUAAUAUAUCUGCUGCGGUAGAUAACCCAGAUGCUGAGGAUCGCUCAUUCAUAUUCCUGCUGUACCCUGAAGACCAUGGACAUGCCAAUGUUUUGCAUAACUGUAGCUUUGAGGCAAAUGAUGAAGAGGAACCAGUUCGAGUACCUUUUAGGACGUUGAUUGUCGGCCUCCUUGCACAUCAGAUUCUCCUGCAGACUUUAGGAUCUUUCUUGGUCCAGGGGUCUCCUCAUAUCAUACCAAGUUUGGCAAAUGUAAUCCUGCAAGGCAUGGGCUUCUCAAAAACCGAGAAUGAAGAUGGGAGGGUUGCUGAGAGUGAAGGAAAGGUUCCUGGAUUUCUUCGUUUCAUGAGACCAGAUCAUAUACAAAUUUUGAUGGACGCUCUUCAGCAGUCCUAUACUGCAGCUGUUGAAUUCGAUCGUCGUCCAGGGCUUAAAUUUUUGAUCCAGAAAGUUGCACAAGCUGAGAGAGCAGCAAAUUUGUACAAGCAAGCGGGUGCCAGCUGGACACUUCGGAUGGUGACACUCUUUGACCUAACACUUUCCCAGGUAAAGCAUGGUUUAGGGUUAAAUGAAGUCAAAGAAGUUCUUGAAAAAGAUGUUAGAGCAAAGAAUACACUCAAGAGACAUGAUGACAAAGAGGAAGAAACCGAAGGAUCUCAGGGCAGCAAGACAUUACAAAGACCAACACAGCUGUUGAAAGAUGAUACAAUACAGUAUAUUCAGAUGUUAAGAGCUUCAUUCACAGAACUUUGUGAGGUGUAUUUAGAUCUGGUCAUUGACAAAGAUGGACAUUACUCGGCAGUCGACAAAAUAAAUGACCAGCCGAUAUUCUUCCUCACUGUACAGCCAGAUGAGUUUCCUACUGCUCACCGUAAGAGCCUAGCACAGUGGACUAAAAGCUUGGAAGAAUUUAAUAAGCAGUAUAUCAAGGGAAAAUCAAAGGACUCAGAGGUGAAUGAAGAGGACAGUGAACUCAUGUCAGGAACCAUGACCAUUGGUGCUGGCCCUAACAGCACAUCCUUGCCAGGUAACCAUCCCAAGAAGGCACAGGAGCAAAAUGAAGUCCGUCCCUUUACUCUGGCUGACUUCGCUCGAGAAUAUUCUUCCGAUUCAGAAGAUUCCGAGUCGCCAGAAUUUGCAGAAACUAUUGACUCUGGUGUUGCAAGUUUGGCAGAUGGGCACCAGAGCAUAUAUAGAGUGGCCACCGAGCGGGACAUAGCCACUUUGAUGACAGAUUAUAGGAGACGAAAGAACCAGCAUUCACUUCCUUCCAUGCACAGAGAGAAGAGAUCAAAUCCCUUUUUGGAAAGAAAACCAAGCAGGCCAGCCGAUCCUGUACCGCAGGAAAUAGAGGAGCAAAGAACAAAUAGUUUAAUGAAGGACAGUGAAGCUCACCUGAAAGUGUGGACAGAGAUGGUUGUGACUGUGUUUGACCUCAUCAGUCAGCUGAGUGAUUCUGAGCUGCGUCCACUGCUGCCUCUGCUUUUCCCUACUGUGCGAUCCCUAACGGCACAUGCGCACGACCCCCAUCUGCGGCAGGUGGUGGCAGAGCUCCUCACCAGAGUUGCAAAUUUGUAUGGCUUUAGUCCAGCAGAGUAAUGUAUCGGUUACUCACAUAAAAGAAAAAUAAAUGAAUAAAUAAAAAUUAAAAUAAAUAAAUAAAUAAAUAAAAAAUAAACAAAAAAAUAAAUGAAUAGAAUAAAUAAAUAAUAAUAAUAACAAAAUGGUACUGUUUCCAGACAUAGUAAAGUGUCAUAUUUCAGUGUUCUAAAAUAUAUGGUACUAAAUAAAGUGUGAAUAUCAAAUUUAUUUUGUCACAUAGCUUUAGUGGCUUUUUUGAGAAAUCUAUUGUAUCUUACCCUCCUGUGAUUGGUGUUUAAUAUAUUCUUUCAGAAAGUUUUAAACCAUUAAAAUCACGAUUAUGCAAAACAGUUCUGUUUAUCAGAUUUAGUGUAGACCUUUCAGUUGUGAUUAAUGUCAGUCAUUCUCAGUUGUACCUGCUUCAAACACAAAAGUAAAUAUAUCUAUUUUUUUCUCUCUUUAUUUCUUUUCUUUCUUUCCUGUUCUUUUUUUUUUUUGCAAGAAAUUGAGGAACUCUUUUAUGCCGAAUUGGUAGUAUUAUUGCUAACAUUUUAUGGAUAUCAAUAUGAAUUUUGUAUGAUUGAAAGAAGCUGAAAGUUUAUCCUGCAUAUGUUAAUUAUUAAUAUUUCACAAAAUGUUUACCAGGUGAUAAUGAAUGUUGUGAUAUUUUAGUAGAACUUUCCAUACAGCUAUAUGCUAAUUGUUGUUACUAAACCAACAUCAAUCUAUAUGAUUAAUAAAACACUCCACCAUGUUGAUACAUUGGCAGAAAUAUCCACUAGAUCUAUUUUGUGUAAUGUGAUUUUUUUCUGCCGUUAAUCUAAAUGUGAAAAGAAUGAGGCAGUAGUAGAAGUAGGGCAUUUUGUUGCUAUAUCAUUAUAACUAUUUUCUCUCUCUCUCUCUUUUUCUCACUCUUUCUCUCUUUCCUAAUCCUCUCUUUCCUUAUCCUCUCGUUAGUAUUCAUGAUGUCUUUCUUCAGCUAACCAUCUAAUAUUGUAUUAAAGGGCUUAUCAGGUUUGAGUUUGAAGGUGUCAUUUAUAUAUUAUCAUCAGUGGUUGUAGUGAUUUUGCUUGUGGAUAUUUGCCUGUAUGAGUCACUUCAGGCAUGUAGUAAAAUAUAUAAAACUUAUCGUCAGAAUCAACUGGAAUAUCGGAUGUGUUACAUUGACACUUUUGAUUAAAUUGCGGGUUAAGAGGUCUUCUAAAGAUGCUAUUUUUUAGUGAUUUAUCAAGUCAUUUUCACAUAAUGAUAAACAGACCUGUAAUGCAAUUUUGCUGGACUUUAUUUGCAUCUGUCAGCUAUUAACUCCUUAUAUCUGUGGCAACUGUCAGCCAAUAACCCCUUAUGUAGAAGGAAACCAUACAUGGUCGCUAAUUCUAUAAGGGUGACAUGGGAUUGAAAGGGUUAAGAGUAAAGACAGAAGGAAAAAACAAACUUUAGCUUGAUUUUGUUUCCACACAAAUGUUAUUGAAGAUGUUACCUUUUUAGAAACUUAUAAAGCAAUUUAUGUCUAUUGAAUGGUGUAUAAUACUAGUCAUGAAAUUUAGGAUGAAUAUAUUUUUGUGCUGUUUGAUUAUUUAAUUAUAUGAAUACAUAAACUGACUAUGUCCAAUCAAUACUGGUAAACUCCAAAAUGAUUUUCCUCUCCUUCUCUAAUGUUGCUGUGGAUUUAGAAACCAGAAAAUACUAUGCAGUUGUUGUAAGAAACUAACCUGCAUAAAAGAUCUUAAAGACUGCAUCGCAUUUGUGAAAAAAGGAAAAAAGAUAUAUUAUUGUAAUAUAUGAUGUCAA